AAAAUCGUGAAAUUGCGGACGAUGUCGGACAGUGAGGACGUUGGGGUCUUACUGAAGCACGAUGCUGGCUCUGUCCAAGCUCCUUGCCCUCGUCUCUGCCGCUGCGUGCGUAUCGGCGUCCCUCGUGUUUCAUGAGGGUCGGUCUUCGCCCCCAAGCGGAUUCGUCAGCAAGGGCGCUGCCCCUGCCGAUCAGACCAUCACAUUGCGUGUCGGACUCGCGUCCAACAACAUCGCGGGUCUACAAAGCAAGGUGAUGUCGAUCAGCACACCCGGCAGCCAGGACUUCAGACAAUGGCUUUCGGCUGACGAGGUCAAGUCGUUUGUCGCGCCCUCCGACGCAACCGUUGCCGCAUUCAACGCAUUUGCUCAGGCCAACAACCUGGAGACGUCAGUGGUGUCUCCUAACGGCGACUGGGUGUCCUUCACGACAACUGUUGGGCAUGCAAACACCCUUUUCGGCGCAUCGUUCCAAACCUUCACCCACGAGGAUAUCUCCGAGCCGUUGGUGCGGACUUUGUCCGUUUCUAUCCCGUCGGAGCUCGUUGGCCACAUUGACACCAUUCACCCCACCACCUCGUUCGAGGACCCGAACCCUCGUCUCGUGCCCAGACCCAUCGCUACGCCUGAUAAGCGAGCCAUCCCUGCGUCCUGCAACUCCACGAUCACCCCGGUUUGUCUCCAGGAUAUCUAUGGGAUUCCCGCCGCGCCAGCGACGGACAAGAGCAACACUCUUCUCGUGACGGCUUACGUCCAGCAGUUUGCUCAAAAGGCAGAUAUCUCGUCUUUCCUCAAGCAAUUCCGGCCUGAUAUAAACUCCGCGACGACUUUCACUCUCGGAACCGUAGACGGCGGUACCAACCCCCAAGCCGCGGCCGAUGCUGGAACCGAGGCUAACCUUGACACGGAGUACACCAUCGGUGUAGCCACAGGCGUUCCCGUUACCUUCCUCUCAAACGGCAACUCGAACUUCUUGACUGCACUCUUGGACACGGCAACUUUCCUGCAAAGCGUCGCAAAUCCCCCUUCGGUGAUGACUACCUCCUACGGUACCAACGAGAAUUCCAUCUCCGCGAGCACGGCAACGAAGAUCUGCAACGCGUACAUGGCACUCGGCGCUCGCGGUAUUUCCGUGAUCAACGCGUCGGGCGACGGUGGCGUUCGCGGCAACCACGACAGUCUGGACCAGUGCACCUCCAACACCUUCAUCCCCGUGUUCCCGGCCAGCUGCCCGUUCGUAACCUCUGUUGGCUCCACCAUUGGCGUGCAGCCUGAGCGGGCGAUCAACUUCACCGGCGGUGGGUUCUCAGCUGUAUUUGCGCGCCCUUCGUACCAGGCGACGGUAGUACCCGCGUUCCUCAACGCCCUCCCGUCCAACUUCGCCGGCGUGUUCAGUAAGACCGGCCGUGGAUACCCAGACGUUGCCCUGCAAGGUUGGAACUUCGAGGUUGUCUCCGGAGGCGAGACCGGCCUUGUUGGCGGCACGUCCGCAUCGUCGCCGAGCUUUGCGAGCAUCAUCGCUUUGAUCAAUGACCAGCUUCUCGCUGCCGGGAAACCCGUUCUUGGCUUCUUGAACCCCUUCAUCUACUCGUCGGCUUCGAGCGCUUUCACCGACAUCACCAUCGGGAAGAACACCGGAUUCACCUGUCCCAGCACAGCGUCUGCGUUCACGGCGGCGACAGGAUGGGACCCAUUAACAGGGCUCGGCACUCCGAUCUUCUCCAAGUUGCUCGCGGCCGCAUUGGCUGCCUGAAUGACGAUUGACCAACGAACUCACUGCACAUACAAAUUGU